UCCCCUCUCCUAAAUUUCAGAGCGCUGAUUGGGCGUUCCAGAAACAUUAAUUUCCCCCUCCUUCAUCAUAGUUUUGGAAGUUGCCGCGUAUAUUCGAUUAAUUUUAUACGACUAGUCUCGUAUCGACUGCUUGUGCGAACGGUGUUCACUUCUCAUAUCCGAGAGAAAGAAUGUAUUCCGUUGAAGGAAGCAACGGCGGUAACAGCAGUGGCAGUAGACGUAUGAAUUAUUACGUACCGAUUCACGAUGAUGAUGAUGAAACUCCAUCGUACGAGAACAAGUGUAACAACAUUUCGUUGAAGCGUCGCGCGGUUCGAAUACUCAGCAGACGAUACGCGUUGACGGCUACGGGAUACAAAUUCCUUGAAGUUGGCGUUAACGUGGGUCCACCGAGUUACGUGGAGAUCGCCGUAGGAGAUCAUCGAGGAACGGAAUUGAUACUGUCCCUCGAAACGUGGAAGGGAUUCUACGAACAACGACGGAACAUUCUGAAUUUCAUUCGAUCCUCUAAAGAUACGUGUGAUUUUAUAAGCAUUGGACCGCUAACAUUGAGAAUUUGUACGAUUAACGGUGUCAAACUCGUACGUCUCGAGUCUUUAAACGUACGCUUAACGAUGAUCGAAUCGACGUUACACCGUAUGCUCGAUCUUGAUCCGUGCAUCGACGCGAUGUUCCAUCGAUUGAAUAGAAUUGGAGCAUCGGUUCGUUUCAAGUUCACGCAAUUCUCCAAAAUCGCGUCUACUGUAACGAAUCCUACGCAAUGGAUAUGGGUCGACAACGUGCCGGUGCGCGAGGUCCGCCUUUAUAAUAUGGAUUUUAUAUAUUUCGAUGAAAUCCGAAUUCGGGGAUUCAUCAAUAUUCAUCGUCAGCGUUUGGUACGCUGGUUUAGAAGAGUGGAUUCCGAAUAUAACGAGGAAAUCUGGGACGUUUUAGGAGAUGAAGAUAUCUUCCAAUUACGAAGAUUAUUCGAUAUGCAAAAUGAGUUUGACGUUGAAGAGGAAGAGGUGUG